AUGAGCUACAUCACUCGCCGGGCUCUGUCUACCCUCAUCCCUCCCAAGAUUGCAUCUCCUAAUGCUCUUGGCGCCGCUCAGGAUGCUGCACGCAUGGAGCGUGUAGUCGGCUUCUACGCUGGUCUUCCCCGUGGUCCCGCUCCUACCCCCAAGCCCUCCGGAUUCCUUGAGCGCUACCAAGCCCGCUAUUUCAACGGAAAGAACGCUUCCGGCAUGCCUCUCGUGCACGUCAUCGGAACCCUUUUGGUUGUCGGCUACAGCAUGGAGUACUACUUCCACUUGCGCCACCACAAGAACCACCCUCACUAA